AUGCCGCCGUUCACGACGUGCGUGCCGCGCAAGUCGCGCGCGAAGGACGCGGACGUCUUCGUGACGAACCGCCACCUCGCGCGCGACUUCGAGGACGCGCCCGAAGAGGAUGAUGCCGCCGUGUCGUGCACCGCGUCCGCCCCCGACGCGAUGUUCCAUCCUAAACCGUCCGCGCUCGUCCCCACGAUCCAGAUGUGGUGGUCGCACAUGAAGUACAUCCUCCUGUUCGCGCUCGCGGUGACGAGCGUCUUAUACCUCGUCGUGUACUCCGCGACGCGCGAGUGCUCGCGCGGGCUCACGCGCGACGUCUUCGAGACGCACGGACAGACGGAGAUCACGCGACGAUGGAUGCGCUGUUACACCCCAAACUACACCGCGGACGCGUUUAAGCCGAUGGAAUCCCUCGGCGCGUUCAGCGUCUACGUCGUGCGCAUGGUGCGCAUGUGGUCCUCGACGAGCUCGGACAACAUCUUCUUCAUGCACAUGUUCACGUGGAACCUCCAGCGGAAGACGCGACGGUGGCCAACGAAGCUAUACUUAGCGUUGGCGGCGAUAUAUUUCCUCGUCCCGUUGAUCGACUACUCCGCCACGGGAUACCGCCACCUCUGGUCGUGGUCCAUCUCCUUCGCCGGGUGGUUGGCGAGCUUCAUCGCCGUCUGGGCCGCGUACGAGACUCGCGACAUGAACUUCAUCUACUUCAUCUUCACGUACCAGGGCAUGUCCGCGAUGGCGUACAUCAUGGCCAUCUCCAACGUGUCCACGGCGACGGGGCAAUACGCGUUCGCGAUGAAACUCGUCGUCCGCUUCUUGUUCGACCCCAUCCUGUGGGAGUCGCUGAAGGCUGCGCACAGGCACUGCGCGAUGAUGAGCCCGACCCCGGGCGCGGGAUUAAACACCCCGAUGUUCAUGGGACCGAUCAUCAACCAGGCUGUCUUCUCGCGCCUCCUCCUCUUCGUGAUCACCAACGACGGCAAGACGGACGUCAUCACCCUGCAGCUCAUCAUCUCCCUCAACGAGCUCAUGCUGAACAGCACGAUCAAGCACCGCGACGCGUACUUCAGCAAGCUCGUGCUCGGGACCACGACCGCGGACGCGUACCUCGCGAGCGACAAGUCCGAGGAGUUGCACGCGGUGUCGUGCCUCGGGAACGUCUUCAGCGAGCUCGCGGCGAUCGCUUUUCUGACGCCGCUCAUGGCGGUGAUGAAUCUCCAAUCGACGCCGACGCUCGACGACGGCGCGACGCGCACGACGGACUACGACGAGCUCGCGUCGCAGUGCCUGAAGCUCGUCGCGAUCGAGGUCGGCCUAUCGUUCGUCACGAUGUUCGCGCAGUACAAGUUCCACGGCGUCGACUUCACGCGGACGUUUAUGCGCGCGGAGAAGGAAUACGCGAAUACGGUCACCGGCGGAUUGAAAAACUGGCGGCUGUUUUCGUACCGGUUCUGGGUCUACCUCACGAUGACCAUCUUCUUCUUCUUGGUCGCGUGCGGAACAGUGCUCGGCUCCGUGUUCGCGAUCAAGAUGUGCCCGCGCGUGCGAGAUGACGGGCACGUGUACUUCACCCUGUGCGCGCCGAACGAGUCGAGGCACCUCCCGGGCGGCCCACCGACCGAGCUCCCGUCCAUCCUCGCGGUGAAUUACGAUUGGCCGCCGUGGAAGUCGAAAUACGCGUACGACUCCUCGGACCCUUCGUACGGGAGUUAA